AUGGAGAAAGCUGAAGGACCGGUUGCUGCCAGUCCCAAGCCAGUGGCAUCAGACAUACCGCCUCUAAGGAACAUGUCAAAUAUGGGAGGUGGAGGGGGGAAAUACCCUUAUCCCGCUGAAGCAGAAUCGCAGCGACAGAUUCAUAAAUCCACCACUACGGAAUCUUCUCCCUCUUCCUCUGAACAUCCCUCUACUUCGGCGGCGAGCGGCAGCACUCUGUCUCAACAAUCUAACGACACCAAUGACACCAAGUCUACCUCAAUCAUCAGCUCCUCACUGGCAUCUGUGUCAUGCAAACCCAAAAAGAAACGCUACGCUACACAGCAUGAGACUCGCUGGCUUGAGGAGGGGCAGCCGUCCGACCCCUUCCUGAAGCAGAGCUCUGGUCUGACAGAUCAACCCCUGCCGACUCUCCCAAAGUCACAGCAAAUCGAACCAGUGGCACAGCCCCAGAGCCUGACACCACCCUCAGUUGUCAGUACUGUUUCCCCAGCGCUGUCUAUUCUAGGAUCCAGCAAGUAUGCUAGAAUGAGCCCUGGGCAAGAUGCCCCCGCCAUCCAGCCAGGCGCGCCAUCAGCAUACUUGGCGGCGGUGCAGCCCUUGAACCACGGUUCCCUUCGAAGCCAGAACAUCCAAAGUGAGACGACCAACGGAGAUGCUCUCAGCGCCAUUGAUGAGGAGCGGACCAUACGCGGCCGGUCGGUCUCGCCAUCACCAUCGGCACCACAACCAGAACCGUCGAAGCUACGCAGAGGAUUGUCAAAGCUGCUCCGUAGGAACCAUUAA